UUAAUUUCAUGGAUAUACACCAACAGACAAUUCAGCCAUGUCUCCAUCACCCUCCUAACCUUUAAAUACCUUUCACUUUGCCACUUGUUUCCCAUUACCUUUUCCUACAACACCAAAAUGAGGCUAAGUGAAUGGACAAUUUUUUCAUUACUAUUUGCUCUCUUAUUGCUGAUGGCCUCGGCAGAACAAUGUGGUUCUCAGGCAGGAGGUGCACUUUGUCCCUCAGGACUCUGUUGUAGCAAAUAUGGCUGGUGUGGUGACACCGAUGCCUAUUGUGGUCCUGGCAAUUGUCAAAGCCAGUGUCCUGGCAGUCCCUCUCCCAAACCACCUACCCCUGGCCCCGGUCCUAGUGGGGACAUCGGUGGUGUCAUCUCAAAUUCCAUGUUUGACCAGAUGCUUAAGCAUCGCAAUGAUAAUGCUUGUCAAGGAAAGAACAAUUUCUACAAUUACAAUGCCUUCAUUAAUGCUGCAAGGUCUUUUCCCGUCUUUGGCACCACUGGCGAUACCACUGCCCGUAAAAGGGAAAUUGCUGCUUUCUUUGCCCAAACCUCCCAUGAAACUACUGGAGAAUGGCCUACAGCACCAGAUGGACCAUAUGCAUGGGGUUACUGCUUCCUUAGAGAACAAGGUAGCCCAGGCGACCACUGUUCACCAAGUGGUCAAUGGCAGGAAAUAUUUCGGAUGAGGCCCCAUCCAAAUUUCAUAUCAUCUAAUCAACAGAGGUAGGAAGAUACAUGUCUCGCAAUGAAGUCGCCAUCAAUCAGCCUCAUAUUUUCCCACACGCAUUACUCUUUCCCUUCAAAAGUUCCAACUUCGAAGAUCAAAUCAAUGUGCAUGUGUUUGUAACACAUUUGGUAACCUAACUUUGUAUUUGUGUUUUCGAUUACUUCCGAUCAUGCCCCUUGAACUUUAUUAAAGGGAAAGCAUUCCUUACUAAGUGAGAGUUUGACUAUGAUAAUUAAAAAAAAUUACUUUAUUUCCAAUUUUUCAAGUUGAAAUUGGAGAUGCACUUGUAUUUGGUCAUAUUUUUUAUAAAGGAGAUUUAGAAUUUAAA